GUCAUAGGACUUUUUUUUAGUUUUGAAAAAGGAUAAGAGGAACGACCAAACAAAAAUUAUUUUAUCUCCUCUUAUCAAUUUAUUAUAGUGAAGACUAAUAUCCGGUGAUAAUAGGAUACAAUUAUACAAACAAGAUGUCUAAACCAAAUGUGUUAAUACUUGGAGGUUGUGGUUUUAUUGGCCGCAAUUUAGUUGCAUAUUUAGUCAAAAAUGAUCUCGUUAGUGCAAUAAGAGUAGUGGAUAAGGUGCCUCCACAGGUUGCUUGGUUAAAUGAAUCUCAUACUGAAGCCUUUCAAAAUAACAUUGUUCAGUUUAAAAGUGCUAAUUUAAUCAAUGCAGAAUCAUGUAGAAAUGCAUUUCAACCACCUGAAGAGGGUAUUUGGGAUAUAGUUGUCAAUUGUGCUGGAGAGACAAAGUCUGGCCAAACAGAUCCAGUGUAUAAUGAAGGCAUAUUAAAACUUAGUCUUAAUUGUGCCAAAGAAGCUGCCCAACAGAAAGCCAAACAUUACGUAGAGCUGUCAUCUGGUAAUAUGUAUUCUUCAGAGAAAGUUUUACAUAAAGAGGAUGGUCCUAUUGAACCUUGGACUUUCGUAGCUAAAUGGAAAAGACAGGUAGAAAAAAAAUUGGCAGAAAUGUCUGAACUCACCUACACAAUCCUCAGGCUUCCAAUUGUUUAUGGAUUAGGAGACAAAAGCGGUUUGAUGCCUAGAAUAAUCGCAGCAUCCAUAUAUAAGCAUGUAGGAGAAACCAUGAAACUUCUAUGGAACUCUGAACUUAGAAUUAGUACAGUACAUGUCCAGGAUGUAUGUAAAGCAGUAUGGUUCGUAAGUAAUAGAGAAGACACGAAUGGACAGAUCUAUAAUGUUGUGGAUGAUGCAGACUCUACUCAAGGCUCAAUAUCCAACGUCAUGACAGACAUAUUCAAUGUCAAAAUCGACUAUUACGGCAAUCUUGUUUCCGCGGUGGUAGACCUAGCAGGGGCUGCAGAUGAUGCCAACGACAAACAUUUAGCGCCAUGGGCAGAAGCUUGUAGAAAAGAUGAAAUCCUCAACACUCCUCUCUCACCUCACAUGGACUCAGAACUGCUUCUCCACAAACAUCUCAGAUUAGAUGGCAACAAACUGAAACAACUUGGCUUUGAGGUGACACAACCCAAACCUACAGCUGAUAAUAUUAAGGAAAUUGUUGAUGAUUUUAUAAAAAUGAAGGUGUUCCCCAGAUCUCUCCUACCUUAAAUCAUUCUAUAUGUGUCUUUAAGUCACGCAUAUCUUUUGGUCAUUUUUUGAUAAACAGAGACGUAAGAGACUGUACCUAAAAUGACAGUGACUUAGUAUCUACUAAAAAUUGAUUUCGUUGGUUUUUAAGGUACAGACGUAGAAAUAUCACCUGGAUUCGGUAUCAGUAUAUCACUUUAAAAAAAUUUGAAGUAUUAAAAUAUUAAAUAAGUUAAGUAAAAUGUUGGAUAAAACAAUAACUGAACCGAAUUUUCAGUGUGAUGAGUCUACAGUUCCUGAAAUUUGUCACAUUUAAUCAAAAGACAAGUGAGAGAAAAAUCUGAUAUGUAGUUUGUUUUCGCUUUACAAUAUGUUAGGAGAAUAAUGCUACAUACAAUACGUUUUGUUUUCGAUUAGAUAUAGGCCACUGAAAGAAGCGCUGAAGUCUGCAACAUUGCUAAUUCCACUAUUGAUGUAUAAUCGCCGAAUAACGGCGGUGGACGGAGCGACGGAGUUAGAAUCGGCGAGAAUCGGGUGCUUUAGCGUGGGAAGAAGGGAACGGGUCUUGUACUCGGCGGCGCGCAGUGUUGCCAUUUAUAGGGCGUAUCAUCAUCAUUAUCAAUGGUGCUACAGCCCUAUGAAAGAGCCUCGACCUUCCCAAGUCUAUUACGCCAGUCAGUCCUAUCCAUUGCCAACCGUUGCCAGUUUGCUGCGCCUAUUUUCUCCAUCCUCAUCAACACCAUCUUUCCAUCUAAGUUUUGGCCUACCCCUAUUUCUACUUCCCACAUGUUGUGACAUAAGGAUUCUUCUAGGAGGGUUGUUAUGCUGUGAACUUGCUAGAUGUCCUGCCCAUCUUAGUCUUCCUAUUCUUAUAAGAGAUACUACGUCUUUACCACCAAAUAUAUGUUUAUAUCUGUGGUAUACCUCGUAGUUGUACCUCCUCCUUCAAAUAACAUUUUCACAGAUGCCACCGAAUGUGCCUCUCGGGAUCCUUCGUUCAAAUAUAAACAGAAGGUUUUCAUCUGCCUUGGAGAUGGUCCAUGUCUCCGAUCCAUAUGUCAACACUGGUUGUAUAAGGGUUUUGUAUAUGGUUAUUUUUGUUUUUUGGCUAAGUUUCUGCUUCUCAUAUGUCUACUCCAGUCCAAAAUAGCAUUUGUUCGCUAGGAUUAUCCUUCGCUUGAUUUCUUCCGUCAUGACGUUCUCCUUGGUGAUCAGGGAGCCUAAGUAUGUGAAUUUGUCCACCACUUCAAAGGUAGAGUUAUCAACAGAGAAUUGGUGACCGAUGUUUCUGGCUCUAUUGUUGGGUGUUGAUGCCAUCAUCUUAGUUUUCUCCUCGUUUACUUUCAGGCCCAUAUUUUUUGAGACAUUUGAGAAGGUGGUAUACAUUUCUUCUAGUUUGCGUGUUGUGCGGGCAACUAGGUCCACGUCAUCGGCAUAUGCCAAAAUUUGGGAUGAUUUAUUAAAAAUAUUUCCUCUGUUGUCUAUUCGGGCAUCUCUGACCGCCUUUUCCAGAGCUAUGUUGAAGAGGAAACACGCCAGCGCAUCUCCCUGUCGCAGCCCAACAUUCGUUUCAAACGCCUGUGAUUGUUCGCCCUGUAUUUCGACUUUGCAAACGACUUUACGCAUUGUAGCCUUAACCAAUCUUAUCAGUUUGUCAGGGAUGUGGAAUUCAUCCAUGGCUUCAUACAAUUUAUUUCUUAGAACACCAUCAUAGGCCCAUUUAAAAUCUACGAAAAGAUGGUAUGUGUCGAUAUUGAAUUCAUUGGUUUUUUCCAGUAUUUGCCUUAGCACAAAGAUCUGCUCUGUUGUUGAUCGACCAGGCCUAAAACCACUUUGAUAUUCUCCAAGAAGCUCCUCUGAAUAUGCACCUAGGCGACCAUAUAAGAUGCUCGAAAAUAUUUUGUAAGCUGUAUUAAUGAGGGUUAUUCCCCUAUAGUUUCUACAUUCCAAUUGAUCACCGUUUUUGUGUAGCGGGCAAACGAUUCCAAUACACCAAUCUUCCGGGAUUUGUUCCUCAUUCCAGGCUCUCAGUAUUAUUUUAUAUACAUAUUUGAUUAAUCAGGGUAGCACCUCCAUAUUUAAUAAGUUCCGCGGAUAUAUUAUCACUUACUGAAGAUUUAUUAUUUUUUAGGUGUUUUAUUACAUCCCGUACUUCUUGAAUUGAUGGAGGCUCUAAUGGUGUAUUGUUGGUUGUUCUUGGGUUAGGUUGAUUUGGAUCUUCUACUUCGAUGGUAAGUAGUUCUUUAAAGUGUUCCACCCACCUUUCCAAUAUUUCUUCUUUUGUAUUGAGUAUGUGCCCCUCCUUAUCCUUACAUAGUCUUAGCCUUGGUUUGAAUUCUUUUCUUGCAUUAUUCAGAGUUUUAUAGAAUUUUCUUGUUUGAUUUUCCUGUUUUAAUGCCUCAAGCUCUUCCAGUAUUCUAUUUUCAUAAAUUCUCUUUUUUCUUCUAUGAAUGCACUUCUCUUCUCUUCUAAGGUCUUUAUAUUUUUGUUGUUUUUCUCGGGUUCUUCUUUGCUGCAUCUGUUUAUAUGCAUCGUUCUUUCUUCUUGUAAUGUCCUCACACUCAGCAUCGAACCAGUCAUUGCGUGAUGGUGGUUUGUCUGGCCCUAGAAUAUUAUUUGCUGCGUCUUUAAUAUUACUUUUACACAUUUCCCAUUGUUCGCUGGUUGUUAGAUUCUCAUUAAUUAUGCAGUUAGUUUCGAUAUAGUUUUGAAACCUUUCUACCGUUUGCGGAUUUUUGAGGAGUUCAAUAUUAAGGCGCGUUGUUUUGGUACUUCUCUCCUUCUUCGCGUUUGAGAUUCUAGCUCGAAUUCUUGUGCCAACUAGAAAGUGAUCUGAAUCAAUAUUGGCGCCUCGAUAGGUCCGGACAUCCAUCAAGUUUGAGAAAUGUGUAGCAUCUAUGAGCAUAUGAUCAAUUUGGUUGUUCGUUAAUCCAUCGGGCGAGGUCCAAGUUCCCAUAAGUAUUUUUUUGUGUAGAAAACAUGUGCUUCCUACGAUCAUGUUCUUUGCGGCUGCGAAGAUGACUGCUCGGUGUCCAUUCGAAUUGGUAUUAUUAUGGAGUGCUUAUGAAUCUGGUGCUUUAGCGUGGGAAGAGGGGACCGUCUCUUGUACUCGGCGGCGCGCAGUGUUGCCAUUUAUAGGGCGUAUAUCUAAUUUAAAACUAAACAUGCUGUAUAUGGUAGGAAAAAUAUAAUGCAUGCUUUUGCUUGUGUAAGAAACUCGUUCUUAAAGCGGUAAAAACAUAAAUCCGCCAGAUUUUUACUCACUUGUCUGAAACUAAUCGAAGUUAACUGAGUUUUCCGAAUAAUGAUGCAAUCGUAUUUUUGAAAUUUAGAAUUUUAUCAAUGUUAAAUGUUCUAUACAAAAAAGAUAUUGAUGUUAUUAUUGUAUUCAACGUUACAUAAUACUCUGUCCGUUGGUUCUUUGUACGUGAGUCAUUCAAUUUAUACGAAACUUUUAUAUAAAUCAAAACAUUUGGUACAAAUCAUAUGUCAUUGUGAAAGUCUUUUUUAAUAUUAUAAUAUUUUUUUCGUCUUCGCGUGCCUUGUCCCUACCCCUAUUCUCAUUCAAAAAAGUAGUCGAUUACGUCAUCACGCCCAAAUGGAUGACGUCACUAGUACGAUAUAUAUGUCAAAAAAUCAUAAUUUAUAAAUCGAAUAACUUUUGUAUUUUACAUUUUUUUCUAAUUCUGUAAAUAAAGCAGUUUACAAGGGGGCCAAAAUAUAGUGAAUAGCCCUGUACAUUCACUGGGGCCGACCGACCGGCUCUGUCCCGUCAUACAGCUGACCGACUAUAAUAACUUUUAUUUAUAUUUAAUUUAGAAUGUGUGUACUGAUUUUCAGCCUUGGUAAAUGGAUUUAAUUACCUUCGUAGGAAAGCAACUUUUAUACCCUCUCAGUAACCCCUGUUCUACGUUUAGCUUGACCGACCGCAGUAUUUUUCUCUACACAAUCACAGUAAUCAACUGUGAAAAAUCUAGCUUUAGUUAAUUCAAAGAGAUUUUUCAGCCUGCCUCUUGGACUAUUACCCCAAGAAAUCGAAUACUGAUUUAUUUUUUAGGAAUUGCAACUCUUUCUGAAAAAAACUUCCGCAUACCAAAAUGAAUUUAAGUAGUUAAAAAAUUAGCGCCUUGGUAAUAUUGCUGUUUUUAUUUCAUAUAUUUUAUUGUGUAAGGACUAGCGGCCUAAUUUCAUGAUUUUGGGAUCUGUUAGUAGAAAAAAUAUGGAAUAUAAAAAGUAAUUCGUGAAUAAUGCCAAUACAUGUGCAAACAACCAGCGGACGGACUUCUAGCAGUUUUGAUAUGUGCUUAGAAACGUUUGUAAGCGGAAAAAUCGAACAUGAAAUACCUAAUCUUCCAUUGACAUAGCUCUGUUUGAUUUUUCUACAUACAAACAUAUUUGUUUACUAUGUUAACUUAGUGAUACCAUCUCUAAUAGUCUACUUACUUAUUUAAAACUGUGAUAACUGCCUUCUCAGUUUGCCACACAGGGUUUUUGUACUCACGCAGCAGACUCUUUGGUUUUUUGAUACUUGUUUUUUCUUAAAUUUAGUACUUAUUUUUGUGAUAUUUUCGUCUAGGUCUUAGUUUUAAAAUUGUUACGCUCCGGUGUCUGCUCGAGGGGUAUGAAGAAUUCGUGACAAGACAUCUCAUAACGCGACAGUUCGUAACUACAUAUUCGUAAGGUCAAAAUUGAAUUAUUCUGUUUAUUUUUGUUAACGUGGAGACUAACUUUUAUUACAGUUACAAUUGAAAUUAUGUUUAUCAAUUUAAUGAACCAGCAUCAGGAUAAACAUUUUGGCACAUUUCAUAUUUCGUGGAGAAAUGAUGACACAUUGAAAGACUGAGAAGAACUUUAAAUUAUAGUCGUAUAGAUAUCGUCCCUGCCAUUUCCAACUAUCGAAUGUGAAAAGUGGUACUUUUCAGGAGAGCAAAAUAACUCUUUUUUAGAGACUCCUAAAUCAGCGCAUUGACAAUUGGGAAAAUUUUUAUAUUUUUUGUAUGUAAUGUUUAAUCCUUGUUAGAUUGAUAACAAAUUUGAACUGCUUAUCAUUUUUUCUUUCCAAAAAAUCACAUUAGUUACUUUGCUUUUUGUAUUAAUCAAAGAUUUGUUUCGAUCCGAUGUUUCAAAGUAGCGAAUGUAUAAUAGCGAAUAACUAUAAUCAAAUAAUGAAAAUCCGUUAAAGUGAAAUCAUAAACUGCCUCACAAGAAUUUCUUGGAAACGAUACUGAAACAAAAUUCGCACAAAUUGUUAACACGUGCAUUUUGUUCUUCUCAGCAGUCUAGCAUUUUCGACAGUUUACAGAGUAUAAUUAUUGAAUAACUGUUAUAAAUUACAACACAAAUUAACGAAUCUGACACAUUCUACAUUUAGCGUUGUACAAAUAUACCUAUAGUCAGGUGCGGUUUCUCCAUUGGUUCACUUGUGCAGUGAACACCCAAUCAAAUUUCAUUAAAAUACAGCUUUUUAAAAAUCUAAAUAUUAUAGUAUCAUUAAAAUAUUUUUUCUUAAAUCUCUUAAAUAUCAUAGUAUCAUUAAAAUAUAACUGGUUUUAUUAAUCAUAUAAUUUAUUUGAAUUACACCGCUACGCUAGAUGCACGUGGCAAGUACAGAAUUCAAAUUAAACCCAGCCACUAUACAGUAAACCUGUAGAAGAACGAGAGAUCUUAUAUCCGUGAACCAGCGAUUCUCCUAUCUUAAAACAUUGAGGAUUUGUGCAGUGCACACAGAGACCGGGGCGGAGUGUUUCGAUUCACAGUUUGGCAUUUUCUGUUGUGGGAAUUUAGUAAAUACAAUAUUGGUAGUUUUUUUAGGAUGGAGCCUUAUUCAGUAAAGUUUAUAAAAGAAAAUGCAAAUAUUUUUGAAAAUCGACUUCUUAUAAAAAGAAUGGACUAACUUGGCCGGAGAUAAACUUUGUACAAGAAUGUGCAAUAAGAAAUAAAAAGUUUAAACAUUGUUUUAAAGUUGAAGAAUAUAGAAAAACUUCGUGGUUAUGCGGGUGUGAUAAACUACAUUCUUUGUUUUGUUUUCCGUGUUUAGUGUUUUCAAAGAAUGAAACUAUAAUUUCAAUCUCGGUCUUUGGAUGCCGUUAAAAUAAACGGAUUUUUAAAUAGUUUUGACAAAGCCAUUUUAAUAUUUGUAACUUCAUCGUCCACCUUCACCACCGAAGAAGCGCCAUCAUUCAGUAGGUAUAUUCUGCACAAAACAAAAAAAGUGUGUGACAUCCUGAUUAAUCGGGUCAAAGAUAGGUUUCAUUUUGCAGAACAUCUUUUGGCGAGGCCCCCAAAGAUUUUUCGCCUGCGGCGCUUAUUCACCUUUUGUAUAAUUACUUUCUUUAAUUUAACACCCUCCUUAAAUUACCACGAGCCGCCACUGCCUAUAGUUAUACCUUUAGUUAUAUUUAUACAAAACAAAAGUAUCGAAUAUACCAUUUUCGUCAGUUUGCAGUCAACCAAAUGAAAAAAUGUUCAUAUUCGAUAGUUUAAACAGCAUAUUUCCCGCGCUCCAAAUCAAGCUACAGUAACGAGAAUUUGCCACAAGAUUUAUCACGUAUCAGGUGAAAAAAGCCUCUGAGAAGCACCAUAUUACACCGUAGGAAAGUGUGUAAAAUGCGUUUUUGUAUAAAUUCGGUAAUACUAAAGGACAUCGCACACAUCUUAUGGAAAAUAUAAUGUCACUCAAAUUCAAUAAAAUUUAUACGAUUAGAUUCGUUUUAAUAUAACGAUCAAUUCUUAUCAUUGCGCCAACUCUUAAUUAUGAUUAAUUACGGCGCAAAUUGCAAUUAAAGUUUAUCGAAAUCACAUUUUUGGAGUCCAUAAAAUGUUAGUUUACAAUCAUUAUUGCUCUGAGUGCUAUUCAUAACAGCUUAAAUCCCGCUGGGCCUAAGCGGAUUAGUGAAACUAAUCCGCUGAUUUAUGGAGUACCGAAAAUCUGGGUAUUUUAAAAUAUUUUCUCUCUCUAACUUAUGUACCUACCCAUUUGAUUUCAGAUUUAUUUAUAUCAAUUUCUGCUCUUAUUUUUGAAAAUAGAGAGUUGGCGCAAUGAUAAGAUUUGAUAGUUAAUUUAAAACGAAUCUAUUGGUAUAAAUUUUAUUGAAUUUGAGUGACAUUAUAUUUUCCAUAAGAUGUGUGCGAUGUCCUUUGCUAAAAAAAAUUAAAUGUUGACGUUACGAAUUGUACCGUUACGAAUUUGUAUAGUUGCGAACUGUCGUGUUACGAGAUAUCAUGGAUCCGAAGAAUUAUCGGUUGUUAAACGGCACAACGUAAACUUUAUACAAUCUACGUGUUUGUGAUUUACACAAAAUUGUACUACAGUUAACUUCUUGUAUGUUUAAUAUUGCUUUUUAUUACAUUAGAAUUUUGUUAGUUGUUUGUGAUACAAUCAAAAGUUCGGGCUCAAAUUGGUGUCGUGUUCCUUAAAAUGAAAAAGCUGUUAAUCAAAUAUUACAGAGCGUUGAUAUUAUAAGGUUGGAACAUGAAGGUGAGGGAAAAUAACCUUUAUAAAUGUUGAGAACACUCCCAAAUAUGUUGUUUAUGUUCAAUUGACCUUACAAAUAUGCAUCUAGUGGUUAAGAACCUCAUGCGGUGAGGCCACGAAGAUCCUGCAGAUCACACAGAUCCUGAUGGUAGAGAUGUUGCAACCCUGGAUGUCUAGGGGUACCAAAAAACUAUGCGAAAACUUCUUAUGCAUACUUGCAGGUUUGCACAGAAGGUUUGUGGGUACUACAAACUUAUACUUUCUUAAUGCUAAAAGCGGAACAAAUCUUUAACAGAUCGGAGAGCACUAUAUGUAUACAUAAAUGUGGAGCAAAUCCUUGACGCAUUUUUGAGAGCUUCUACAACGGAGGUGUUGUGUCCGUCUUAUUUCGCUGUGGCUUUUAUAUUAACCAGGGACACUAACACUGUUGUCAUUUAUAUAUGAACACGUUUGGCAACGUUGGCAAAUUAUUGUCAAAAGCGGAGUUGUCAAAACUUUUAUUACAAAAUAAAAAAUAUUUUUAAACAUUUUUAGAUGUGCAAAUUGAUUUAUUCUAAGAGUAUCGUAUUUAUUUAAUACAGACUAUCGAAAAUCAAAACGAUAUGCAUCUAGUAUAUAUUAAAAGGAUAUUCUAGAUUUUCUUGGGUAUUUUCAGUCAAUUUCCAAGAAAAUCGGAAUCUUCAGUGAUCUGAACUCCAAAUAAUUUGGAAUUUAAAAGGCUAAAGACUAACGCUCGGUUUCAUAAUCAGUUAAUGUGGACUUUAAAUUUUAAGUUGGUACCUGUAUCAAUGCAAUUCAUAUGGGUAAAUGUCAACGUUAAAGUGAACUUUAGUUAAUGUUCACUUUAAUUUCACAGAUUAUGAAACCGGGCGUUAGUUUUCAAUCUAAUAGCACAUAGAAUAAGACGAAAAAUAUUACUCUACGCCCACCAGACUGAAAACCAUCGGAACCCUCUCUGGUUACACCUCUGAGAGUUCUAAAAUUUGCAGGCCAUAACGAAUUCUGAGAUUAAAGAAGAUAAGGGAAUUUUACAAUUUAUAAUUCACGUCCCAUCUGCUCAGCGCGGUAAAGUUCCAACGAGAAUGGUUCCCUUUGUACUCUAAUCAGAGUAAACAUGUAAAUCAAAAAUGAAUAACCAUUUCCAAUUUCGUUGCAACACGAAAAUACAGGCGCAUCAUAUUCUAGUUCACUCAGCAAGCACCUCUACCGGUUUCGAAACUUAUUAGUAUCUCAUCAGGAGGUACAUAUGCUGCUCUCUCUCUGACCCAACUAGGACAAAGCCCGGCGUGCAGUUACGUAUUGCAACGAACAAAAUGACAGGGAUGCCCUAACGGCAACUGCUAGCAAAAGACUAAGUUUUGCUAGCACAUAGAGCUAAGCUUAUUAGCACAUAGAAUAAGACUAAAAAUAUGUGUUGCUGCUAGGGCAUCCCUGUCAUUUCGUUCGUUGCAAUACGUAAUUGCACGCAGGGGUUUGUCCUGGUUGGGUCAGAGAGAGCAGCCUAUGUGCCUAAUGAUGAGAGACUAAUAAGUUCCGAAACCGGUAGAGGUGCUUGCUGCACUCUCUGAUUGAACUAGAAUAUGAUGCGGCUGUAUUUUUGUGUUACAACGAAAUUGAAAAUGGUUAUUCAUUUUUGAUUUACAUGUUUACUCUGAUUAGAGUACGAAGGGAACCAUUCUCGUUGGAACUUUACCGCGCUGAGCAGAUGGGACGUGAAUUAUAAAUUGUAAAAUUCCCUCAUCUUCUUUAGUCUCAUUAUCCGUUAUGGCUUGCAAAUUUUAGAAGCCUCGGAGGUGUAACCAGAGAGGAUUCCCAUGGUUUUUAGUCUGGUGAGAUGUAGAGUAAUAUUUUUAGUGUUAUUCUAUGUGCUAUUAGAUUGAAAACUUAGUCUUUUGCUAGCAAUUGCCGCUAGGGCAUCCCUGCCAUUUCGUUCGUUACAAUACGUAACUGCACGCCGGGGUUUGUCCUGGUUGGGUCGGAGAGAGCAGCAUAUUAUGUGCCUCCUGAUGAGAGACUAAUAAGUUUCGAAACCGGUAGAGGUGCUUGCUGCACUCUCUGAUUGAACUAGAAUAUGAUGCGGCUGUAUUUUCGUGUUGCAACGAAAUUGAAAAUGGUUAUUCAUUUUUAAUUUGGAUUUUUUUUUGUUCGACUGUAAUGUAUUAAUAUGAAAACAAGAUAGCCUAAUUGAAAAUGCUUCGAAAUGUACUGUCAAUAUUCAGUCGGUCUUCCACGUUCACGUAUUUAUGAACCUUGUUCAAGUUAUUAGAGAUUUAGAUAAGAUAACUGAGUUGAAGCUACUUUUAUGCCUUGAAUAAAGAUAUAAACGAUCUUUCAACGGGUAGCUGUCUUGGAUACCAGACUCAGUAAAAUGCAAGUUGAAUUCAAAUAAAAAUGUAUUCUGUUCUUCUGUAUUGAUUACAUGUGAACAAUAAAUACAGUUAAUUGAAGUGACAAGACGAUGCGUAGUACAUAUACGCAAAUCCAGGCGAACGAAUGAUUCGAUGCUGGUAUAGGAUUAGAGAUGGGACGGAUCAAUCAAUACUCAAUCUGAUAAGGAACGGCACUGCGAUUAAUCAAUAUUUAAUCGCCGCGGCUGGACGGUUUGGCCUUAAAUCAGUACUUUAUACGCCCGGUUUGGGAACUGCUACUAAAUCGAUCCUUUAGCAGAGGUGAUUGGCCUCCAGUUAAUAACCUUUGGCGGAAAAAGUUGUACCAGAUCAUUUCUCCGGCAGAACUCAUUUCUCUAUUGUGACAAACGUCGUUUUAUAUAGUUGCCGGUGAUCCAUCUCCACCGUACGUCAAAUGGAAGUGGUGGGUAGUGAGCGCGUGUAUACGCAGCGCUUUCAAUCUAGUGGCGCGAGUUGUUACACCCCCUUCUCUUUGGAAAAAUAGUUAGUAUACGUUUUUUUUGUGACGUACAGCUUACAACGUUAUUGCCUCGGAAACGGAGUCCGGACAAAAAAUCCCCACAAAUUAUCCCUGGGCAAAAAAUCACCGGACAAAUCACCACAAAAAAUCCCGGACAAAUAAUCCCCACAAAUUUUUUGGACAAAAUAUCUCCACAAAAAAUACCCAAGAAAUAUUUGCAGCCGAAUAAUUCUCUAAAAGUUUUCCCGAAAUUUUACUAAAUUUCGAAUUCCAAUUCCAUGCCGAAAACUUCAAAAUUUACAUGACAAAAGAGUGUGAGUUUUUUCAAAAAUCGUGGAAGAUAUGGGGAAUGAGCUAAGGCUGUGGGAAUCAUGCUGUAAUAUUAUUCUCUUAAAUCUUUGACUGACUGUGCUUUGAAUAACUAUGUUCAAAACAUGGCCUAUUAUCUGUGUGCAUCACCAACGCAUUUAAAAUAAAACGGGGAGUGCGACAGGGAGACACAAUUUCGCCAAAAUUGUUUACAAUAUUAUUAGAGCAAAUGUUUAAGAACGCAUAUCUGAGUGAAUAGGGAAUUAAUGUCUACGGAAAAAUUCUUAGUCAUUUGAGAUUCGCUGAUGAUAUUCUUAUUGCUUCUUUUUGUUGUUUUUGUUCUUUUUUGCUGACAGCAUCGAUGAUAUAUUCAAAUAUGAGCAAAUAUUUCUUGGGGAUAUUUUGUCCGGGGAUUUUUUAUUCAGGGAUAAUUUGUGGGGAUUUUUGUUCGGGAUUAUUUGUCCUAGCUUCCUCGGAAACUGGUCUUGGAUGACUGUCAAGAAGAUGCUCCCCUCUGAAGAUAUUUUGCAUGGUCCCAUCAAAUCAAUUGAGUGUGUCAAGGCUUUUCUACAGUGGAUAGUUACAUUUUUCCUGCUGGUUUCAUCUGCAAUGGUUACACAUAAGAUAUUUUCUUUGUACAUAGUCAGGCCACUAGUAUUUUUACGCUAUGCAGUAAAUGAUUGUCGCAAUCCUUAAACGGUUCCUAUUCGGGGUAGGUUCCUAUUCGGAUCCUACAAUGUUGCAAACAAUGACGUAUAAAGAAUACGUCAAUUUAUGGUCGCCCCUCUCAUAUUUAUGAAUCCUCGAAAACUAAUAGAGAAUUAUAUGAGAAAAAUAACAAGAUAACAAGUGGAGUUGACAACGCUUCUAAACCUUAUAUCAAAGGCCUAUCGCUCUUCCGUGUCGCCUUAAAUUUAAGGGCAUAAAAGCUUCCGAAAUUCUUAUCAAAAUUUGAGCCUUGCUUUUUAUUAUCUAUCGGUAAGCCAAAAGGAGCUAUGUAAGUUUUGUAAGUUUUUUGCUUCAAUUAUUUUGGUUAUAACAGAAGUUUUUAGAUAAAUGGUAUUUCUACUGAAAAUAAGAUUGAUUGUAAGUGUGUUGGAAAUUUCACAAGAUGUAACUUGUAUGAUGAACAAAUAAUAUAUUUUUUGGUCGAUUUUGCUCAUAUUUAUUUGUAUGUCUUAUACGCGUUUUUAAAGUAUGUACUUGAUCAGUCUUGAUUUUGGUAAAAAUAACUAUAUUGUAUUGGAUUUUGAGACAAAUGUCAAUUGUCAACUAAGUGCAUAGGUACAGUUUGUCAAACCUAGGAAUAAGUAUGAAAAUCUUACAAUCGCCAUGUGGCGUUAUGGCAAACUGUGCUAAUAAGGAUAAAGCAAUGAAACGUUAGAAAAAUUGUCAGUGUUUGUAAUGAACUUUUGCCCUAUGUUUGAUGUUUGACAAUUGUGUACUUAUAUUUGUACCAAGUCAUGUCAAGUUCAUGUCACCCUGAAUAAUGAUUUACUUUUACAAAAAGUGUUAAUAUUGCCAGGUUCUUUCGAUUUAGACUAAAAAUAGUUGUUAAAGGAAUUGCAAAUAAUGAAGACAAAUUAUAACACAAAAGACGAUUAGUCAACUGAAACUAUAUUUACUACUAUGUACUACAUUUGCAGUAUUCGAAUGUAAUGGAGGUAUAUCUAAAACAAAGUAAAGUUCUUCUCAGAGCCUUUUUUCAUUUCGUCAUGAAUUUUGACGUCAUAAUAUAAGUAUAAGAAUUUCUGGAAUCAUUUCAUGACAUUUUAGUUAAAUCUGACUGCUGUCAGAAUCGUAAUCAGUCAAAUGUGAAAAAGUUAUUGCAUUAUAACCCUUUUAUUUGCAAUUUGGUAUAAAAACAAAUCAAGAGUGUUGAUUGAGUUUAUAAGAAGUUCUUCUUUGAUUCGUAUACUCGCAUAGAUUGUAUAGAUUACAGUCGUAUAUAUUACAGGUAAAUCAUUUUUUCCGACUAUAGCGCCAUCUAUCAAAAACUAGAAUAAAUGCGUGCCUUUUUUUCUGUCUCUUUAAACUUAAUGCGUUAGAAAGAAAUCGUGACGCACUGAAAGAAGGCUCUGAAGAGAACAGUAGCGACUACAAGAACUGAAUAUGUAGUUAAAAAAUAUGUACUCGUUUCAAAACAGUUUUCACAUAGAAGUGAAAAGUGCAAUUGCAGAAGCUACAAGUAAGAAUGACAGCGACAUGUUAAUAUUAACACUAGUAUUUAAAUACCGACUGAAUUUUUGCUCAACUCUUUUUUGAUUACUUAAUUAAUCUUUUUUCGCUGAACUUUAGUAUACGUUUAAUUAUAAGUAUUCUGUCAUUGUACAUUAAUAAUGUUAGUGUUGCAAAAAUUACUGAAGACAACAGGUUAGGCAUACAUUUUGUAUGAUGCAAAAUUCAAGAUAUAAAUCAUAUUCGCUUUACUUCUUUGAGCACAUUUUCAAAGUAAUAAAUUGAGAUGUAUUCGCUUUGUGCGUGACCAUGGUGGGGUACUCUACAACGAUGCCAGCGUGAGUAUCGGCGAAAUUUGACAAUAUUGGAGGUAUCUUUGUAUUGUCAUUGUUUGUAUAAAAAAUUUGAUUGUUUAUUUAUGGUAAAUAAAUGUUGCGUAUUUAAUUGUGCUAAUAAUAGCCAAAAAAGUAAGCGUAAUUUUUAUAGAUCUCCAAUGAUGACAAAUAAAUUAGAGAAAAGAUUUAAACUAGUAGGAGUAAACUCAAAAGACAGAUUCACACCAAAUAAUGUCACUAUAAAAUUCACCAGAUUCAUCUUCUUUUUUGGUUAACCUUGUCAGCCUUGACGGUAAUCCAGUAAUCAGUAUCGGACAACUUAUAAGAUUAAUAACAAUUCGCUAUAGAGUUCUAAAUACAACAGGUUUUUUAUCUAAAUGCAGACUAAAAAUAAAAGAAUAACUCAACUAAAAGAAAACAAAAAAUCGACGAUAUAACUUAAUUAACCUCGGAAUUGUAAAUGUCAAUAGUGUCAAAAUUUCAUAAUUUAGUGGAGUAAACUUGCCUGCGUUGUACCAAUUAACAAACAAGCAUUACAGCGCGGUAAAUUUGAAUUACUCCACCUAAAAACGAGGAUAAUUUUUUUCCUUUCUGUUCCAUUUGGGGUUGAAAAGAUAAAGUGUGAUGAAAUUUUAGAAACCCAAUUCUUAAUACCACAUCCAUUUUAUACAUAAAUUGGAAAAGUAUCGUUAAAAAACUAAUUAUUAAUAAUUUGUAACUUCACAAUAUGUAUUUAUCAUACUCUUAAUCUCAAAUUGUGAUCUCCAAAAAUGUCAGGUGAGGGCACUAAAUGUCGCGUCAGUCAUUCACGGAGCGAAUAGAUUAAAAAAUGAUAUUGGGAGCUAUUUUAAAUCAACGUUGUGCAGCAAAAUCUUGUUUAGUCUUAAAUAUAUUCAAUUGUGGAGUGUCGUGGUUAAACCACCAAGAAUCUGUCAAGUCACGAACAUAUGUUUAUUUUUUUACUAAAUAAAAUUCAGUGCUCGAUAUCUGCCUUUUAUUUCGUAAAAUUCAUAUAUUCGAGCAUUCAACCACUUCCUAUUUUAUAUGUUUAUUUGUUCAGAUGCACUCCUUGCUUGCCUUACGACUUCAAUAAGUAAAGCUAAAAUUAUAUAUAUGCACACAAUCAGAAAUUAUUUUCAUGUACUUAUUUAUUUCUAUGCCACUUUUUUAUACAUCGUGAUUACGUUGUAAACUGUGUUUCGUUCAACCAAAACUUUAUUUAUUUCGAUAGUCCUAUUAGUUUAAUUCAGUAACACUAAAUACAUACAAAAUGUACAGAGUUGAAAUAAAAAUUAUUUAGACUAUAAAUAAAAAAAAUAAAUUAACAUUCUUAAAUGAAAAUAACUUCUUUAAUUUUUGCAACAAUUAGGUGAUAAAAACAUUCCAGUUGUGUUUUUUAUUGUGAUUUGUUUUCAAAAGUGUCAAUUUUAGGAUAAAAAGUGCUCAAUUUGUUCAAAGGUUCUCACGGAGCUUUAUUUUCAUACUGUUAUAAUCAAGUUACUAUUAUACCUAUUGUUAUUGUAUUAUAUUGGUAAUAAAUAUAUACUAUUGA